GAAAGAUAAAAUGCAAAACCUGCCAUCAUGACAUGACGCUGAAGAGAAGAUCAAACAGUGGAGAUCAAUUUGCCUGGAUCUGCCGACAUCCAGUCCAUUUGGGGAGGCCAAAACAAACAUCUGUCAGGCACAACUCCAUAUUCAGGCGAUCCAAAGUAUCUUUGAGAAAGUGGAUACAUUUUAUGUACAGGUUUUGUCAGGGUCUAAGAUUAAGGCAGAUUGAUAUGAUGGCUGACGAAAUUGCAGUCAGUUCAGCAACACUCAGCAAAAUGGCAAAAAAAUUAAGGGAUGUCUGUGUGACAGCAGUUGAAAGGAUGAGAAGACGCACAGGCCAACUGAUUGGAGGAAGAAGGGAAUUUGUUGUUAUUGAUGAAAGCCAUUUUCGACACAAAAGAAAGUAUGGAAGAGGAAGAAUGACUGGUGGAUGGAAAAGAAAGCAGUGGGUCUUUGGGAUGUUAGGUGUCCAACAUGACCAAGGAAGACGAAAGCCAAUUUUACGUCUUGUUGAAAAAAGAUCUAGGAGGCAUCUAGUGCCUUUGAUUGCUCGUCAUGUGAGGUUAGGAUCAUCAAUUAUCAGUGAUGAGUGGCGUGCUUAUCGCAUACUCCCUGAUUUAGGGUACAACCAUCACACUGUCAACCACAGCAGGUGGUAUGUGGAACCCCACACAGGUGCCCAUACACAGCAUAUUGAGAGGGCAUGGAGAUCAUACAAGGAACAGGUACAUACCUAUUUUUAG